ACCACGGUAUAAACUCUGCUCCAGAACUUUUCGAUCUGAUUACUAUGGUAUAAAAUGCGCUUUGAGCACGGUAUAUUUGAUUCAACUGAUUGCUGUUCGACUUUAUCUACUUUUCAAUAGGUGCCGACAAGUAAAAAACAGUAGCUGGUGCCGCACUCAGUCAGUGUGCCCCGGCAUGUUUCUGGAUAAAUGCUUUUUAAUCGAAAACUAAAGUAACUUUUAACUUCACUGCAGCCUUCCUGGAUGUGGUUAAAUUCUUUAUCAUAAUGCAUUGCAUUUACCGCUUACUGUUCAUAGCGCUUAGUGCCGAGAUCGAUCCUUUUCACUUCCAUGUCAGUGCUUGGUCGGUUCCCCAAUGGCCAGUCAGUAACCAAGCAUCCGUUACGAGUAUCAAUGCGCUGCGGCUGAUGGAUGAAGCGUUGCAGCGCAGCCAGGACGGAGUGGUUCAUCUGGAGAUACCAACUUCUGGCCAGCCGUCCCAUCUGUCCAUUCUGCCGGUCGGGUUUACUGUCGUGCGGGAGCCGGAAGGAGUAAACGUGACACUUCCGUGCGGCGACAUCCGGACAGUAGAGCUUCCACUAAUCCGCUACAACGGUCGACAGCUAUCGCCUGAAAGUGGCCGAUUAGAAGAGGUGAUGCAGCGGUUGUAUGUAUGCCGCUGCAAUGUUUCCCCUCCCAACAACGUCUUCGAUUCCGGUCUCGCCUUGCUGGCUGAAGAUCCUUUCCUGCCCACGUACUUCAUUCAGCUGUAUAACUUCGCGAGCCAUUUGUCCGGCACGUACGAAUGUCUGCACAGGGUUUACGGAGUACUAACGGUAACCAACCGGUACCUGAUUAGUCCGCGUCUGCUGCCCCAGGAGGUCUUCAACCCGCCCAUGAUGAAUGUCACGGCCAAGGUAGGCGAGAAAGCCGAAUUUCGAUGUGCCGUCAAGUUCAACACCAUGCCAUCCGAGCGCAUGGCUUUCGAAACUCGAUUUAUGUGGAGAAACGACCAAGGCCUAAUCUUCGCUCCGGGAGUACCGGCAUUCCAGCAUGAUGUACGCAUGAAAUCGGGAAUCAACGUUACCAGCAACGUGCCAGAGGACUGUUUGUGCCACUCCACGUUGUCCCUCGAGUCCGUCCAGAGUCAAGACGCAGGGCGCUAUCAGUGCUGGUUCAAGAUCAAUGACAUCUUUGACGAGUGGGUUGUACAGUCGGCAUACCUUCAUGCCGCAUAAUUAUACAGUAGCGGGACUAGCGGCUCCACCAUCAUGAUUCAUGAGUAAUUUCUACCUUUUUGUAGGGUAAAUCCCUCCUUUAAAUCUUAGUUCCUCUUUGUUAAUAUUCGCGAGCAUCAACAGAUGUCUGCAGUGGGUACCUAUGCUUGUCAUGAUCAGGUCUUUUACACUAAUGAAUA